UACCUUUCAUAAAUGCGGUUUUUUUCCUUAUAACUGUAACCCCCAAGACCUUCAUGGAAGGUUUUGAUUGUUGAUUCCGAAACGUAAACAUUAAAUCUGAUAAAAAAUGUCACACCCUUUUUGGAAAUCUAACUUACAUAAAACAUUUCUACCUUGGCUUAUACAAAGGGCCAAGAAUGUUACUGCAGUGCAAGCAAAACCAAAGAAAUUAGAAGUUUUCAUUGAUGACAAGCUUGUCCUUGUAGAUCCUGGUACUACUGUACUGCAAGCAGCUGCUAUGGUUGGUGUAGAAAUUCCUCGCUUUUGUUAUCAUGAAAGACUCUCCAUUGCUGGAAAUUGCAGAAUGUGUUUAGUUGAAGUGGAGAAGUCCCCCAAGCCUGUUGCCGCUUGUGCUAUGCCUGUUAUGAACGGAUGGAGAGUUAAAACCAACUCCGACAUGACGAAAAAAGCCAGAGAGGGAGUAAUGGAAUUUCUUUUGAUAAAUCAUCCCCUGGACUGUCCCAUUUGUGAUCAAGGAGGUGAAUGUGACUUGCAGGAUGAAGCUAUGGCUUUUGGAAGUGACCGCAGCAGAUUUCAAGACAUUUAUUACACUGGGAAAAGGGCUGUAGAGGAUAAGGAUAUUGGACCCCUUGUCAAAACAAUUAUGACUAGAUGCAUUCACUGCACAAGAUGUGUUCGGUUUGGAAGUGAGGUGGCUGGUGUUGAUGAGUUAGGUACAACUGGUCGAGGAAGUGACAUGCAAAUAGGUACUUAUGUUGAAAAAAUGCUGGAAUCAGAGCUGUCUGGCAACAUUAUUGAUCUCUGUCCUGUUGGUGCACUAACAUCAAAACCUUAUGCUUUUACUGCUAGACCAUGGGAAACUAGAAAAACUGAAUCUAUUGACGUUUUAGACGCUGUUGGAUCUAAUAUUAUAGUUAGUACACGAACAGGAGAAGUUAUGAGGAUUUUACCACGUUUGAAUGAGGAAGUGAAUGAAGAAUGGAUUUCUGAUAAGACUAGAUUUGCUUAUGAUGGUCUGAAAGCUCAGCGCUUGGUUACGCCCUUGGUCAAAUCUGAAUCUGGUUCUUUAACUGCCUGUGAUUGGGAAGAAGCAUUGAUUAAGGUUUCAAAACAGAUCGGAUCUGUUUCUCCUGAUAAAAUAGUUGGAGUUGCUGGGGGAUUAGUGGAUGCUGAAGCACUGGUUGCUCUUAAAGAUUUUCUGAAUAAAUUAGGAUCAGAGAAUUUGUUUACUGAAGAAAAGUUUCCAACUGAUGGAUCUGGCUGUGAUAUCAGAAGCAGUUAUUUACUAAACAGCAAGAUAUCCGGAGUUGAAGAGGCAGAUUUAAUUUUGCUUAUUGGUACAAAUCCAAGGUAUGAAGCUCCCAUGUUCAAUGCCCGCAUUCGCAAAGCUUGGAUUCAUAAUAAUUUAGAUGUUGCUGUUAUUGGACCAAAACUUAAUUUAACUUAUGAUUAUGAACAUUUAGGAGAUUCACCAAAUCUACUGAAAGAAAUUGCAUCAGGAAAUCACCAGUUUUCUAAGAAACUUUCAGCUGCUCGCAAUCCUAUUGUUGUUUUGGGCAGUGAAGUUCUCCAAAGAGCAGAUGGAGCAUCAAUUCAUGCACUUGUUCAAAAGAUUUCACUUCAGUGUCAAAAAGCAGAUGGACAUAAAGCUCUUAACAUUUUGCACCGAGUUGCCAGUCAAGUUGCUGCGCUAGAUAUUGGUUACAAGUCUAAUCCUGAUGAAAUUGAAAAGAUUCAGCCUAAAUUAUUGUAUCUUGUUGGGGCUGAUGAAGGUGUAAUUUCAAAAGAAAAUUUGCCCAAAGAUUGUUUUAUUAUUUACCAAGGUCACCAUGGUGACAAAGGAGCUGAAAUAGCUGAUAUUGUUUUACCUGGAGCAGCCUAUACGGAAAAGCAAGGUACUUACGUUAAUACUGAAGGACGCUCUCAGCAAACAUUACAAUCAAUAACUCCUCCAGGAUUGGCUAAAGAAGAUUGGAAAAUUAUCAGAGCACUAUCUGAAGUUGCAGGUCACAGACUUUCAUAUGAUAGUUUAGCUGAAAUAAGAAAUAGAAUGGAGCAAAUAGCCCCACAUCUUACCCAAUAUAAUGAAGUAGAAGAUUCUAACUAUCUAGCUCAAAGUUCUGAACUUAGUUUUAAUAAAACCAUUCAAUUGGAGUCAAAUCCUCUGGAUACCACGUUAAAGUUUUUGAAAGAUUUUUAUAUGACUGAUUCUAUUAGUAGAGCCUCUGCAACUAUGGCUAAAUGUGUUCAAGCAGCUGAAAAACUAGAUGCUACUUCUUGAAUUCUUAAUAUUCAGUUUAAUUUAUGUACCUUCUUGUAUUGACCUAGACUUCCUGUAAGUUUAGAAAAAUAUCCUUAUUCAUAUACUGUUGUAAUAUAAUUUUACAUUGGAAAUUAAAUGUUUUAUUGAUCCUAUUAAAAAUAUUCUUAGUGUAAUUGAUUAUUUGUCUAUCAUUUAGUUUGCCAAGUGACUAUUGUAUAAUGGAAAAAGUAGUUUUUAACAGAGGCAUUUCUUUUCAAUAGAAGUUUUUUUUUUCAAAGAAAAAAAAAGAGAGAGAAAGAAAACUAAUUUUUUGCUGUAAGAUGUUACAAAAUUUCAGGAAAACUUAUUAAAUUUGAAUAAACAUGCAAAAAAAUGAGUUUGUUACCUUUGAAACUUCAAUGUAAUCUAUCUAGAUUAUUAAAGAAUAUUUUUAAGAAA